UUGCGAUUAGACAAAUUAAUCCGCAUAAAUAUCGGAUUGCACACGUCGACCAACCGCAAACAUAUUCUAACGUAUGCUCAACAAAAUUCUGAUACUAUUUACCUGUCUGCUUCAGAAUACACUGCUGGGCUGAUUAAAUGUCGUCCUGAACCUCAUCACCAGGUCCACAAUUAUGCCAAAACCAUGAGACGCGUUGUUAUUACGGGUAUCGGCGCGAUUACGCCACUUGGUGUCGGAAUUCAAAAUAUCUGGCCUCGACUCCUUAAUAGUGAGUGUGGCAUUGUUAGUGUUGCACACUUAAAACCUUCAAAGCAGUGGCGAGAACUUCCAAGCCUAGUCGCAGGGCUCGUGCCUAAAGGACUUCGUGUCCACGGUAAAUGGUCCGCAUCUGAAUGGUUUUCCCCAAGUGAAGAGCGACGAAUAGCCAAGUUUACGCAAUAUGCCCUAGCUGCCACCCAAAUGGCCUUAGAAGAUAGUAGAUGGUAUCCUGAAAGACAGGAUGACAGGGAGCGCACGGGUGUGUGUUUAGGUAGUGGAAUCGGAAACCUAGAACAACUUUACCAGACGAGUAUUACAUUUGAGCAGCUCGGCUAUAAAAAAGUAUCCCCUCUUUUCGUGCCGCAGCUUCUCAUAAAUCUAGGAGCUGGUCAUAUCUCAAUGAAAUAUGGCUUUGAAGGGCCGAACCACGCCGUAUCGACAGCUUGCACUACUGGCGCACACGCUAUUGGAGAUGCUUCGCGCUUUAUAGCCUUUGGAGACGCUGAUGUAAUGAUUGCUGGUGGCUCCGAGUCUUGCAUUCAUCCCCUUGCUCUAGCAGGCUUUGCUCGAUCUCGCUCCCUCUCGACCAUGUUCAACGAGAAUCCAGAAUCCUCCUCCCGCCCCUUUGAUCGAGAUCGGUGUGGCUUUGUCAUUGCUGAAGGCGCGGGUGUUAUGAUUCUUGAAGAACUUGAACAUGCAAAAUCUCGCGAUGCUCCUAUCUAUGCCGAAAUACGAGGAUACGGUUGUAGUGGUGAUGCACAUCAUAUCACAGCACCGAGAAGCAAUGGAGCCGGAGCUUACUUGGCAAUGAAGCGGGCAUUGGUAAACUCCAACUUAGCGCCUCGAAAUGUGAGCUAUAUCAAUGCUCAUGCCACUAGUACGCAGCUUGGAGACGCAGCUGAAAAUGGAGCUAUUUUAAGGCUAAUGCUAGGAGAAAAUGGGGUAGAACAGGCACGGAGCAUCUCAGUGAGUAGUACAAAGGGGGCUAUAGGUCAUCUAUUGGGCGCCGCAGGUGCAGUUGAAGCAAUUUUCUCCGUCCUCGCGGUCAAGAAUAAUAUCAUACCUCCAACCUUAAACCUUCGCAAUCUCACCUCCGACUUUAGCUGCAACUACAUUCCCCUCUAUUCACAACAGAAAAAGGUUGAUGUAGCCUUAUCCAAUAGCUUUGGUUUUGGAGGAACCAAUGCGUCUCUGGUUUUCUCCAAGGUAUCCUGA